GGGUCGCCCAGCCGGUCCGACCGGCCUCGGCAACGCGCGCGGGGCGCCGGGCUGGGCAACUGAGGGGUGCAGGGAAGGGAGCCGCCAGGAGCCUGCCUGGGCGGGAAGAAGAGCGCAGGCCGCGGAGGAGAAGGAUGGGAGCGAGACCCCGCUGAGGCCAGCGGGGGGCCACUGGCUGGGAUCGACAUGUGUCUGCGCUUAGGUGGCCUGGAUGUGGCUGAGUUCCGGAAGGUGCUGAUGAAGACGGGUCUGGUGCUGGUAGUGCUGGGUCACGUGAGCUUCAUUGCAGCCGCAGUGCUCCAUGGUACCAUGCUGCGCUUCGUGGCCGCCACCAGUGACGCUGUGGUUCUUCAGUACUGCGCGGUGGACAUCCUCUCCGUCACCUCUGCCAUUGUGGUCAUCGUUGCGGGAAUUUCGGCCAUUGUCUUGUCACGCUACCUCCCCAGCACCCCCUUGCGCUGGACCGUGUUUAGCUUGAGUGUGGCCUGUGCUCUUCUCUCCCUGACCUGUGCCCUUGGACUCGUGUCCAACAUUGCUGUGACCUUCGCCACCAAGGGCGAGGCACUGUUGGCAGCCUGUACUUUUGAGAACCCUGAACUCCCAACCCUGGCACCUGACUGUCCUUUUGACCCAACUCGAAUUUAUAGCUCUAGUCUGUGCCUCUGGGCCAUCUCCCUCAUAUUCUGUCUGGCGGAGAGCAUGUCUGCCGUGCGCUGCGCCCAGCUUGUGCAUCAACUACUGGAACUGAGGCCCUGGUGGGGGAAAAACUAUCACCACACGAUCCAAGCAAGCCCAGAGCCCCUGGAUGGCCAUGACCUACUGAGUUGCGCCAGCUCUUGCGGCUGACCCUCUGACACCUCGACAGUGCCAUGGCUACUGAGGCACGUGACCACACCUGCACUGACCAGUGCCCAGACAGCCAUGGAAGCUUAGCUGGAUCCAGGAUCCCUAGAGCAAGCCCAAGAAAGAUCAAUGGACUCCUGGGGACAUGGGCGAGAGAGCUUGGCACGCCCUCCCCUGGUCACCAAGCACAAUGCGCUGAAACAAGACUUUAUUUUGAAGUUAUUAAAAAGAACAAAGAUGCUC